AUGGCAACGUCAACACGGCCCGUGACCGUGCACACCGUCCCGCACGCGUCGCAAGCCGCUCAGCGUUUCAACGUCUACGGUGCGACGGCGCAUGAGCUUAGAACAAGUCCGCGCAACCCCCUCUUCCUCAUGCUGCGCUCCGGCCUGGAUGGUGAGGUCGACUACGCGCUCCCGCGCCUCAUUCUGGCGUCUUUCGAGUAUAGUGACAAGUUCAUACUUGAUAACUACCUCGACUCUGUGAGCGCGUUAUGCGAGUGGCCCGAGCAGUGGCUCGACCAGCUCGAACGCGAGGACGCGUACCGCGAGCUUCUGGGUGCCGGACGCGGCGGCGACGAGCUCGCGCGCAAAGCGCUCGGUGCUGUACCCGCGUUCGAAGCCAACCCCGUCAUCGAGGCGCGCGCGACAUACUCGCUCCAGGUGCUGCGGAAUUGCAGCUUUGUGAGCCAGAACGCGCGCACCAUCGCACGCACCCGGUUCAUCCACAUUGUCACGCGCUUCUUCGACCUGCCGGCCCCGUUCCUCCUCGAGGUCGCUGCGCGCUCACCAGAGGCUAUCCAGCACCUCCUCCUUAUCAUCCAGCAAGUGACGCCCUUCUUAUACGUCGGUCCUCCCGUCUAUAAGCUCCUCUCCGAGGUCCUCCCGCACCUCGUGAUACACACGCGCGACUCGACUAUCCUCCAACUCAUCAUCCCCACCCUCAUCACCGUUUUCCAGGUUCCCACGUUUCCCCCACCCCCAGACGCAUUUAUCCAGCAUAUGCUCUACCUCCUUACCCUUAACCCUCCACCACCACUGCUUGCGAUGGUGCUCGAUCUCCUCGCGGCCGUCGCACCGCAUGCGCAGUAUGCGCGCACCAUCCUGUCAGACCCGUCUAUUUCUGCCCACCUUCGGCAACUGACGAUCCUGCUCGAACAUCAGGCCAAGACGCAUGAGAUGGCGUUCGAAAUCACGUCCAAGGCGCGCGGCAAGACGAUCUACAACCCCGCGGCUGCUUCCCACCUCUCUCGCGAGGCCGCCAUGAAGCGCCAGCGGCAACGUGAGAUCGACCAGCCGCAGAUGGAAGUGUUUGGCGGGCCAGGCGUCUUCCGCGAGGUCGGCACUGUUGCGCCGUCACUAAACCCCGCGAUCAAGAAGGAGCUCUUUGUCCUGUCUGAGCCAAAGCGCUCCAUCGCUUGGAUGCACGAGACGUUUGUGUACUCGUCUCAGGCGCAGCUGCUGCAGGUGACUUUCUGGCACGCAUACCGCGACUUCUUCUCGAACCCCGCCACGGUCGAGCAGUUGUUGAGCGCGUCCGAGGUGAUCAAGAACGUGCAGGUCGCGUUCCCUGCCGCGCAGGCAAAGUUAUUCACAGACGAGAACGGCGAGCGCAAGUUCAUCAUCUCGGGCCUGGGAUUCAGGCAAGGCUCGGACGGCGCCGAUCGGUUUGUCUGCAUGUGGCGCGGCUGCACCUCGCCGUCAGGGCCGUCGAAUCCCGGCGAACUGCUCGCGCACGUCCAGAGUGUGCAUCUUGAGCCAACGCCAGCGACAUGCGCCUGGGGCUCGUGCAAGCAAGCGGGUGUGACUGUUGGGCACGUCCUGACACACCUGCCGCUGCUCAACCCACCAAAUGUGCCAGACUCCAUCGCAGUUGACCCACGCACACCGACGGGCGUCCUCUUCUCACCUGUUAUCACGGACAAGCUCUCCUCGUACCUACCGGCGUCCCAGCCGCUCCGCAUCUCGGCGCGCGUAACACCGCACGACCAGCAACGCGCGCCCUCUGGUGUGGCAUUCCUUGCUGCCCUUGUCAUUCGCGGCCUUGCCCGCAACCUCAUCGCCGAGGUCGCCUGCGCGCGCCCCGGUGAGGUGGGAUUAACAGAUGCCCAGCGCAAGGAGAAGAAGAGGCAUCUCGCAGAGGAGCGGUUCGGCCUCCCUAUCCCGGACACGGUACUGCGCGAAGAAGAAGAGGAAGAGGACGCCGCGCGCGGCGGCGAAGAGUCCGGCACGGGCAUGGGGCUUGCCGAGAUCGAGCGGGCACGAUGCGCUUUCUAUGCGGUCAACGACCGGCUGCUCGAGGUCGUAAGCGAUAACGUGACUGGCUUGGGGUCGUACAUUACCGACGCAUUUGUGGUGUAG